AUGUGUGAUAGGGGGAAUACCUCUCGCAUUAGGGAGCUAGGCAUAACCCAGCGGGCUACUCCCCUCAACGCAUCAUGGACCGGUGAAUUGCGCGUGCGAUUCACAGACUUCCAGGUCAACGAGAUCGGACCAGACGGAAAAGUUCUCCACCUUCGUACAAUCGGACUAGGCGAGACUAAAGACGACAAGAAGAAUGGCGACGACGGUUCCGCAGCAGCAGCAGCAGCAGCAGUAGAGGAGGAGGAGACGUUUGAAGUACCAGAGGAGGACGUGACUACCUUGUCUAACAUCGCCGGUGAGAAAUUCACCCAGGACCUGGUAGCUAUGCUCAAGGCAUCUGGAGAGCCUGACGCGCACAGGAAGAGGGUGACGGGCGAGGCCGACACGGACCGGUCCAAGCGUGGACAGAUUCACCAGGAAGUGCGACGGAUCUUCCAGUCCCGCAUUGACACUAGCACGUCCGACACGGGAGCCAUCGUGGCCAGCCUCGUCACCCGUCGGGGCAAGAAGCGCAGCCGUGGGGGUCGCGAUGGGGGGCGGGACAGCGGACCCAAGCUCCCCGGGGCGGGCGACUACCUCCACUUCACGCUGUACAAGGACAACCGCGACACCAUGGAAGCCGUCAACCAGGUGGCGCGCAUGCUCCGCGUGAAGCCCCAGGUGAUAGGGUACGCGGGGACCAAGGAUCGGCGUGCGUCGACCGUGCAGCGCUGCUCGGUGCGGUACGCGCGCCCCGCCGCCCUGGCAGGCGCCAACGCUAAGCUGCGCGGCGUCGUGACGGGCGACUACGCCUUUGCCCAGAGCCCCAUCCACCUCGGCAGUCUGAAGGGCAACGAGUUCGUCAUCACCAUCAAGGACUGCCACCUGGAUGACGGUGUCAGUGACACUCCCACCAAGACCCUGGACCAGAGACUCGAGGACCUGCGCUCUAACGCCCAGGCCGCACUCGACCACAUGGCCCGGCACGGCUGGAUCAACUACUUUGGCCAUCAGCGCUUCGGCACCCACCGCAUCGGCACCCACGAGGUAGGCCGCCUCAUCCUGUCAGAGAGGUACAAGGAGGCGGUCGAGUCCCUACUCUCCUACGACGCAGAGGACCACUCGCUCGCCGAGCAGUUGAUGCCCCGCCGCUUCGGCGCGGAGACGUGCAUCCUGCGCCACCUGAACCGCGCGGGUGCCAAGUCCCGCGGCGACCACGUCGGUGCCCUGAUACACAUCACCCGCGGCCUGCGGUCCAUGUACCUCCACGCGUACCAAUCUCACGUGUGGAACCACGUCGCCAGUCGACGCUGGGAGCUGUACGGCGACAAGGUCGUCAAGGGCGAUCUAGUCCAGGUCGACGACAACGACGCUGCUGCAGAUGCCGCCGCAGCAGAGCCGGAGCGGGACCAAGACGGCCACGAGAUAAUCACGCCAGCUGCUGCUGACAUCGCUGCCGACGAUGACGACCAGUCUUCCCCCAUGCGCGCCCGCCCGCUCACCCAGGCCGAGGCUGACAGCGGCAGGUACACCAUCCACGAUGUCUUCCUGCCCUCCCCAGGCUACGAAGUCGUGUACCCGGACAACGACAUCGGCGCCUACUACGCCGAGUUUAUGGGUCGACCGGAGAACGGUUCGCUCGACCCGCAUUCCAUGCGUCGUAUCCGUCGCGAGUUCAGCCUGCCCGGUCGGUACCGCCGCCUCGUCAACUGCUUCCUCGCUGAGCCGUCCGUCGAGUUCAGGACCUACGCCAGGGACACGGAACAGAUGCAUCCCACUGAUCUCGAUGUCGUGCGUGCUUCUCUGCCUAAAAGGGUCAGGAAGACUGAGGGUGCGGAUGAGAGGAACGAUGAGGUUGCUCGGGAAGAGGGGAAGGAGGAGGAGGAGGAGCAGCUACCCGACAAGAUUGCUGCUAUUGUCAGGUUCCAGCUCGGGAGUAGUGCGUAUGCUACCGUCACUCUGAGGGAGUUGAUGGGUGAUGGUCUGGAUAAGGAGUAG